CUCGACUAUCGCUUCUAGACCCCGCGGCUCCUGGGCAACCGUGCAAAAAAGGAAAAACAUAGGGUCUCAAGUCCUCGAUUAUCGACGGCCAACAUUGUUCUCACCACUUUCUUUCUGCACCGGACGACGUACAGAAUUCACACCUACCCUCGACAGCGAACAGACAAACAAGCCUCGCCAAAAGCACGAAAACCUCCCUCACUGUACCAACAAAACCUUCCACCCGGAUUACCAUGUCUCCCACAAAAUCUGCGCCCUCGACUUCGACCGCCUCGGCGCUCACUGAGCGGUCUCCAAACACUUGUUCCCCCACGAAAUCACAGUCCCAACUCCUCGAGAAAUCUUCUGCAAACAAGACCGUCAUGGAUGAGAAAGCUAUGCCUCAAUUCGACUGCGCCGCGCAGGAGUACUCGGUCGGACACGGGCAGAACCAGACGUACAUUUCACCGUCGGAUGCGAUCGCCAGCCCGACGACGAAGAAGUUGAGUCAGAUCAAGGGGAAGAGAUUUAUGAACGCAAAACCACAAACGCUCUUCGCAAAGACCCUGGCCAAUCAGUCUCUUAAGAUGCGGCAAUCCAAGCAUGACGGCGCCCAAAAUUGAGGGAAAAGAAGUGUCAUGUGAAUAGUAUUACUACUGCAUGUGCCGAAGUUGUUUCCUGGCCAUGGCCGGAAGGAAAUCAUCACUGUCUUGCUGCACUGCAGACUUGGGUCAAAAGGCUUACAUGGCAUCUGGGAGUCUUGGUCGUUUUCCUUCUCUGCUUUUUGGUUGGGGUUUGGGUUCUGAAGCAGUCGUUUUCUUGCUUCCGCGUGGGGAUAUGGCCUUCACAUUCCCUUUGAGAUGGUCCUUGUAGUUGGAUGCUCGACUUCGGGCUUGCUCGUCGCGGCCAUGGCACAUUGUCCCCCUGUCGAAGGGUCUAGUUGUUCUUGAACCUGUUAAAGGGGUUUGGACAAGAGGCUGAAGCUUCGGUUUUUGCAAGACAGUGAGUGAAAGGAAAAGGAACAUUGUCAAUAUCAAGAAUAGAGAGGGUGUUGGUACGGGGCGUAUGGUCCGCCUGAGACUCUGUAAGGGCAGGAAUACCGAAACCAACUGGUAAACUGCUUUGUGCCUAGAGGGCAAAAGGCACCUCAAAUCGUGUUCAAGAGUAAA